AUGUCAGCAUCGAUCAAAAAAUCCGCCCGCCGCUGCCUUUUCACCCGUCCAACUCUCGAGCAACAAGCCUCAACUCGUGAAUGGCUGCAUUCAGCGCUGGAAGAAGUCGCCCGACGCGAUUCCGAAAAAUGGGGUUUCGAUUUCAAGCUCGGCUGUCCGCUGAUCGAUGAAGCUUCCACGUCAACAUCGGGAUUCGUCUACGAAAUCGUCAGCGAAUCGGAAGUUCCACAAUUCUACAGAAGUAAAUCGCUGUCAGCGUCGUCUUCUGGAAGUUCUAUCGGAUGUUCGGCUAGUCCGAAACUCGUUGAUUGGUCGAAUGAAGUUAGUAGAUCUGGUGAGAUGAAUUUCAACGUGUCUAGUUGUUCGGAGAGCGAUUUAUCGAUGGAUUUUGAGCCGGUGCCGAAGAGCAAACGAGUUAGCCUAACUCCAAAGAAUAAUAAGAAGCGGCAGAAUAAAGUUACUGGUGAGUAGAAGGUUUUGGGGCAUCGGGUAGAGGCUUCUGAGGGCUUCUGGAGGCUUUUGAAGGCUUCUGGAGGCUUUUUGAGGCUUCUCAAUGCUUCUGAAGGCUUCCAAAGGCUUCUGAAGGCUUCUAAUAGUUAUAAAAGGCUUCUAAAGGCUUCCAAGGGCUUCUGAAAGCUUCUGGGGGCUUCUGAAGGCUUCCAAGGGCUUCCGGAGGCUUAUUAAGGCUUUUGGAGGCUUUUAAUAGUUACUAAAAGCUUCUAAAGGCUUCUAAAGGCUUCUGAGGGCUUCUGAAGACUUCUUAAGGCUUCUAAUAGUUCUCAAAGGCUUCUAAAGGCUUCUGAGGGCUUCUCAAGGCUUCCAAAGGCUUUCCAGGCCUCCCAGGCCUUUUCAUACCUCUCAAAACCACUAUUCUUCCAGACUACAUUCCAAUCUGCCGAAAAAAGAUCGCCCGAUCGCCGAAAUCCACCUCAACAUCACCCAAAUCCACAACCCACUCGACAUUUCCCAACGCCUAG